GCGGCGAAUCGAGCGCCGAGCAGGGCGGUGCUGAGUGCCGAGCGGCCUCGCCCUCGCCCUCGCGAGGCCGGGCCCUCCAACCGCCGGUGCCUCCCGUCGGAUCCCAGUUGUGGCCCGGCCGGGGGAGAGUCUCUGCGGGGACUUCAAGAAACGCUGGGACUUCUCCCGGGCCUGCUUUUCUACAAGAUGUUGGGAUUUUUGCAGCACCCUGUAGUGGUGACGGCUACUGUCAACCUGAACCUCGUGGUCCUGACCUUGAUGGCGUUACUGAGCCGACUGUGGCAACUCACCUAUCCAAGGGCUGUGGUUUUCGAUGAAGUAUAUUAUGGCCAGUACAUCUCUUUUUACAUGAAGCGAGUCUUCUUUUUGGAUGGCAAUGGACCGCCAUUUGGCCACAUGCUGCUGGCCUUGGGAGGUUAUUUAGGAGGAUUCGAUGGUAACUUCUUGUGGAACAGAAUUGGAGCAGAAUACAGCAGCAACGUGCCCGUGUGGUCCCUGCGCCUGCUGCCGGCCCUCGCAGGGGCCCUGUCGGUCCCCAUGGCCUACCAGAUUGUGUGGGAGCUCCGUUUUUCUCAUUGUGCCGCCAUGGGAGCUGCGCUGCUGAUGCUUAUUGAGAAUGCCCUGAUCACUCAGUCAAGGCUAAUGCUUUUGGAGUCAGUGCUAAUAUUUUUUAAUCUAUUGGCUGUGCUGUCCUACUUGAAGUUCUCCAACUCCCAAAAACACAGGCCCUUCUCCUUGAGAUGGUGGCUGUGGCUGAUGCUGACGGGAGUGGCCUGUUCCUGUGCCAUUGGCAUCAAAUACAUGGGUCUUUUCACUUACUUGCUGGUGCUCGGAGUUGCCGCCGUUCACGCCUGGCAGCUGAUAGGAGACCGGACUUUGUCAAAUAUCUGUGUGCUCUGUCACAUACUGGCCCGAGCGGUGGCUCUCGUGGUCAUCCCGGUCGUCAUGUACUUGCUCUUCUUCUAUGUCCACUUGAUUCUGCUCUACCGCUCUGGGCCCCACGACCAGAUCAUGUCCAGUGCUUUCCAGGCCAGCCUAGAGGGAGGGCUAGCUCGGAUCACGCAAGGCCAGCCCCUGGAGGUGGCAUAUGGUUCCCAGGUCACCCUGAAGAACGCCUUCGGCAAACCCGUGCCCUGCUGGCUUCAUUCCCACCAGCACUUCUACCCCAUGAUAUACGAGAACGGCCGAGGCAGCUCCCACCAGCAGCAGGUGACCUGUUACCCCUUCAAAGAUGUCAAUAACUGGUGGAUCGUCAAGGACCCUGGGAGGCACCAGCUGGAGGUGAGCAGCCCGCCGAGACCCGUGCGGCACGGAGACGUGGUGCAGCUGGUGCACGGCAUGACCACACGCCUCCUGAACACGCACGACGUGGCAGCCCCCCUGAGCCCCCACUCGCAGGAGGUCUCCUGCUACAUCGACUACAACGUCUCCAUGCCUGCCCAGAACCUCUGGAGACUGGACAUCGUGAACAGAGAGUCACCUGCGGACACGUGGAAGACCAUCCUGUCGGAGGUGCGCUUCGUGCACGUGAACACGUCUGCCAUCCUGAAGCUGAGUGGGGCGCACCUCCCUGACUGGGGCUUUCGGCAGCUGGAGGUGGUUGGCGAGAAGCUGUCCCGGGGCUACCACGAGAGCACUGUGUGGAACGUGGAAGAGCACCGCUACGGCAAAAGCCAGGAACAGAAGGAGAGGGAACUGGAGCUGCAUUCACCCAUACAGGUGGACAUCAGCAGAAACCUGAGCUUCAUGGCCAGAUUCUCGGAGCUGCAGUGGAGGAUGCUGACGGUGAGAAGUGACGAUUCGGAGCACAAGUACAGCUCCACGCCGCUGGACUGGGUCACCCUGGACACCAACAUCGCGUACUGGCUGCACCCCAGGACCAGUGCUCAGAUCCACCUGCUGGGGAACGUGGUGAUCUGGGCUUCAGCCGGCCUCGCCACCGUGCUCUAUGCCCUGCUUUUCCUCUGGUACCUGCUCCGACGCCGGAGAAAGAUCUGUGACCUGCCUGAGGAUUCCUGGUGGCGCUGGGUGCUGGCCGGGGUCCUGUGUGUCGGUGGCUGGGCCGUGAACUACCUGCCCUUCUUCCUGAUGGACAAGACGCUCUUCCUCUACCACUACCUGCCCGCACUCACCUUCCAAAUCCUCCUGCUCCCCGUGGUGCUGCAGCACCUCAGCGACCACCUGUGCAGGUCCCAGCUCCAGAGAAGCUUCUUCAGUGCCCUGGUGGUGGCAUGGUACGCCUCCGCCUGUCACGUGUUCAAUACGCUGCGCCCACUCACCUAUGGGGACAAGUCGCUCUCAGCCAGCGAACUCAAGGCCCUGCGCUGGAAAGAUAGCUGGGACAUCUUGAUCCGAAAAUAUUAGGCCAUGACAGAAUGAGAAGCAUCUGGCCAGGUCAGGACACGGUGGAGUGUGUGUGGCUCUAAGCUCAUUGGGGACCAUCCCGGCCUGAUGGAGCUUCUGUUCUUGCAACAGUCCUCAGAUAAGCCCCUCAUUUUAAGCGAGGUUUGUUUUUUUCCAAUUAGUAAAGAACAUGUCCCCGUGUCCCCUAACCCCUAAGGGCCCCCGACUAGGGCAUGUGGUAUUGAGUGGCUAGAGCAGGACUCACGAUGGGGGAGAAAGGCAGGAAGCGGAGGGCAGUGAUGGGCGUCAGUCAUGCUGACAGAUGGCGUGGCAGGCUCUGGCAGACGGCCGCUCCUCUGUCCUGAGCACCCCCGGCACCCGCUGAGCUGGAGCCUCUGGCCCCAGUGAGUUCAGUGUCAGAUAAGCCACCGGGGUGACCGGAUGUGGUCCUCCCAUCACGACAGUGACAACUGUUACGGCUCAGUUUCUGGCUCUUCCAGGCUCGAGAUCUGGCUGAGGCGUAUGCGAGUAGCAUUUUCAAGUCUAGGUUUGUCACCCAUACGUUUCCUUGUCCUGAAUUUGUCUUUUUUGGUUUAAUAAAAAAGGGACAAAUUGGCAUUCAAA